CUCGCAGAACGUGGAUUGUGGAGCUCUCGAGUCCGUCCCCCAUGGCGUCCACUCCUCCUCUUUCAUCACCCGCAGGCUUUGAAGCCCGACUUGUCCGGCGCCACGGCGCUCCCGGUUACCGCUGUAUAGGGUCCCUUGCUUACAGGUACCUAGCCAACUACCGACCGCUAUGGAGACGCUAUCAUGCAGCAGUUGCAACAGGACAUUCCCAUCAGGUCUGACCCUGGAGCGUCACCGUCUGCGGUGCCGAUUCCGCCCUUCUAGCCGGCGGAAGGCCUGUGCCGAAUGUUCACGAUCCAAGGUUCGCUGCGACCAAGCCCAACCGAGCUGCGCGAGAUGUGUCGUCCACGGCUUGGUGUGCGUAUACCCGCACGCCGACGGACCCCGCGCGACGCCCAAUGGACCAGCCCCUGUUUCGUCAAGUUCGCAAGCCGCGGCUCUUCCACUUACUUCAUCCUCACAAUCACAAUGGACGCCACCGAGCCAGGAGGGGGUCUUCUGCGCGCCCUCGGCUUUCCUUUCUCUCCCAUCGUGGCCGCCGGCCUCCGUUGCGGAGUGGCAGACUAACAUUCUCCCGUUACUCGAUGAAGGCUAUUACUGCCCGGAGCUUUCCGCUGGGAUGCUCGUCGGAGCCAGGCUGGCCAGCAAUCCACAUCUCGAACAAACCCGAAAGCAGAGCCCCUUCCAGGACUUGUCGUCGUACCUUGGCGAGAAAUGGAAGACUGCCCAGCAGGGACUCGACCUCAUCGACCGCGUCCUCAAGGCCAAUGUGGAUCAUUUCGCCAGUGGCUUGCAGAAGCCCCUUUUUGUUCACUUUCAGGAUUGGGACAUGACCAUAAGACCUGCGUUGCUGUGCGAAGCGGUGUCGGUGGGCCAGCUGUACAUGUACACGUCGCGGACUGCGCAGUCAGACGCUGUGCUCCUGCGGGCCAUCGAUACCCAGCUAUGCCAAAUCCAACUCAAGGUUCCCACAAUGCAAACCGAGCGUGAAGACCUCGCCAUGUUCCAGGCAGUCCUGAUGUACGCACACAUGCGGGUGUACCGCGCUGGGCCCGUUGCCUCGGAGUGCAUCGACCGGGUCUCACUCAGACUCAUGCAGCAAAUCCCUCCGCUGCAUGACCCCCCAACCUCCCCAGCCCCAAACGCCUGGAAAAGCUGGAUCACCGACGAGUCCAUCCGUCGCUCCUUCUUCACGCUGCACGGGCUGGACUAUGUGUCCCACGCGCGACAAUCAGCCGCCACAGUCCUCUGUGCGUUGUUCCCGAGCGCCCCGCUCCCGCUGCCGGCACAUAUCUGGGAGGCGCCGAAGGCAGACGAGUGGGCGGCGCGGUACCGCGCCUGGGAGGAGUACUGCGGUGCCGAUGGCCCCCUGCGAGGGAAGGAUCUGCUGUCGUGGGUGCAGGGCAAGGAGACGGGCCGGGAGGGGCAGCUGAGGGCGUGGUUCCAGGGGUUGGAACCCGAGUUGAGCGGGAUCGUGUUUGAGUGCGCAAGGGCGCAGGGAAAGGCGGAGGGGGCGGAGGGGUUGGUUUGA